UGCAGAAACUGUUUCUUGCUGGUAUGCCAACUGGGCUGCGGUCGCCAGGUUGAGGUGCCUCAAGGAUUGAAGCCCAGAGCAUGCUGAGAAAGAGCUGCCUUGAAGCAGAGGAAGGGGCAGACAUUUGUGUAAGGGACCCUUUUCCCAGGUUGUAAAAAGGUGCAGCUUGGGGGGCAAGGGGUCAUGCAAGGGCUCCUCCUGGGUGCAACCCUCCCUUGCUUUACUGUGCAGAAACAAGAAAUUAUGGAGCUGGUCUCUGGUUGAGACUUUUCUAAGGAGACGGUGGUGUGGCAGCGCAGUUGAAGCGAGGGCUGUGCUGAAGGACAGGAGAUGGGUUUGGCUGCUCAGGAAGCCGCAGCUCCCUUCCCACAGCUGUGCGUGCUGAUAGAGGGUCUGGGCAGCCCCCCCUGCUAGCGCUGCCGCCAGAGCAGCGCCUGGUCCUCGGGCAGGAGGGAGGCAAAGCGGCAGGAGAGCAAACGCUGGACGGUCCACGGGGAGGAGCUGGGGUUUCAGAGGGCUCCCAGAGGUCUGGCGGGGGAUGCCAGCUGUUGUGAAUGGUGCUUGUGUGGGAAGAAAGGUGACAUGCAGGUAUGUGCCUGCCUGUGCCCACAUCUCUUGGCUCUCCCCUCCAAGUCAUGCAGGUCCCUGCCCUACUCCUGCUCAUCCUCCCGGCCCUGCUGCCCCCAGCUGGCACUACCGACCCAAGCCAGCCCUGCCCGUCGGAGAUGAACAGCGUCAAGGACCUCCUGGAGGUGAACUGCACAGGGCAGGGUCUCAGCAUGGUGCCCAAAGGCCUGCCUAUGGACACGGGCAUCCUGCUGCUCAAUGCCAACCACCUGGUGUCCGUCUCCACCACCGCCUUCCAGAACCUCACCGAGCUGCAGGACCUCGACCUGUCCAACAACAGUCUGGUGUCUCUGCGCACCGGGCCCCUGCUGCGGAGCCUGAAGGAGCUGAUCCUCUCCCACAAUGAGCUGAGGGCCCUGCCUGCCCUGAAGGGCCUGCCCAAGCUCACCCACCUGGCUGUGGCCCACAACAGCCUGGUGACACUGGCCCCGGGGUCUUUCAGGGCUGUGCCACAGCUGAAGGACCUGGACCUGCGAGGGAACCAGCUGCGGACGCUGCCCCAGGAGGUCUUUGUGGGGCUGAAGGCCCUCGAGGACCUGGACAUCUCAGACAACCACCUGGAGGAGCUCCCCAAGGAGCUGCUGCAGGAUCUGCAAGCGCUGCAGACCCUCUGGCUCUCAGGCAACCGCCUGCAGACUCUGCCCACUGGCUUCUUCCCCAAGGGGCACUUCUUCAUGUAUGUCUUCCUCACUGAGAACCUCUGGCACUGCGACUGCAACCUGCGCUACCUGCAAACCUGGAUCCGGCAGAACAGUGACAGUGUCUAUCAGCCAGAGCGGGGCCUGGAGAAGACAAAGGUCGAGGUUGCCCCCAGGAAGGUGCUGUGCCACAGCCCCCCCGAGCAUCAGUGGAAGCCUGUCAUCAACUUCAAGUCCAACUGCAGGGACGUGGGGGAUGUGGAUGAGGAGGAAGAGGAUGAAUAUGGUGAUGAGGAAGAAACAAUGGAGAAAGCUACCAUGGUCACCUUCUCCCCCCCACAUCCAUCUAUCACCAAAGAACACACUACGAUGCCCCAUGCUGUUACCUGGCCUCCCCUCGCUACCAGAAGACCUCCCCUCAGCACCCCUUGUAGCUCCACCCUUGCCCCAAGCACUUCACUUGCGAUGCCUGCAAGCACCAGAGCUCCCAGCACCACCAUUCCUGCGCCAGCCAGUCCCACCGUCACACCCACACAGACCCCCAGCACUGCUACCGUUCUCACUGAAGCCCCCGCCAGCACCCCGCACACACCCACCACCCUUGUCUCUGCUACCUCACUGCCAACCGCUGUGAGCACCAGACCUCUCAGCAUCAGCAGCCAUCCCCAAACCACCCUCACCGCCAGCACUACCAACACCUGUGCCACUCCCAUAGUGUCCACUGGCAUGUUUUUCACCACCUCCACGACAGUGCCUUCUACUGCCACACUAGAGGCCUCUUCCACUGUCCGAUCUUCAUCUCCUCCUCUGACAUCAACCACACCGGUGGUCUCUACCACCAUGCUUUCCACUCAUGCCCCAACGCCGCCAGCUCCCCUGGACACCACACUCUUCACCCAGCCUGCACCUCUCCCCCUGUGCCCGUGCUCCAUCCCAGGACUGGCCGUACCUGUGCUGCGCUCACGGGUAGGUGGGGAGGGUCCGCAGUGGGGGCAGUGGGUGCUGAGGCACUGCUGCCUAUUGCACUGGGUGCUCUACGUGGCCUCCUUGGCUCUGCUGGUCCUGACCGUGCUGGCUCUGGCAGGCUGGCUGGCGUGGAUGUGUCUGGUGCGACGGCCCUUCUGGCACAAGUCCCUGCAGACCCAAGAGGUGCAGUAUCCACUGAUGAGGUGGAGGGAGUCAACACGAAGCCCUGUGAUGCAUCUCAAAAGCCCCCUCCAGCGCCCCACGUUCUGUACCAUCAAGGAAGUAGAGUUGUGCCCCGAGGUCACUUACUGCACGAUUAAAGACCUGGGAAUGCAACGCAGUCCUCCUGCAAGUUCCUCCUUCUGCACCACAAAGGAGCUGUGGGUCCACCAUAGUCCUCCGAAUGCUUCGUUCAAGUCUUUCUCCAGGAAACUGAAGGUCACAAACCUCAGCUCCCUGAGGUCCCCUUCUGCUUACAGCCUGGACAGGGGUGUCAAGGCCAUCGGUGAUGUCAGAGUGAAAUAUGCUGGCAACACCUUGUAAAUGCUUCUGUAUUUUCAGAGAAAGAGAUGGAGGGUCGUGGCUCUGCUUCACGUACCCUUGUUUUACAAGGGAAAGAUCUGCUUGCCCAGGGGGAAGCCAUCCAGCUCCUUUCUCUAGUAUUCUCUCACACACCCUGAGGUUUCUAGAUCUGCAAUAAUUACUUGCAUACUUGGCAGGGGGAGAAGAUGUCCUAAACUGGGCAAGUGGCAGUUUGCGGCUGCCGCUGUCUGGUUUUGGGGUGAAUGUGGGAAAUCAGAGCUUACUUUGUACUCUGUGUCCCACCUGCUUCUGUUUGAAUGAUGUACAUAAAGUUACGCUGUUCUUUCAACUCAGUGCCAAGUUGUUAAUCACAAAAUAAAUAUUCUCUUUGCCUGAA